AUGGAGGGCCCGCGAUGGGCGACGUUACCGCUGGUCCUGGCGGCGGCGUGCUGGCUGCUCCCGUCCUCCGCGCGGUCCAUGUUGUGCCCCAAGCGCUGCACGUGUCAGAACCUGCUGCCGUCCUACACGGUUCUGUGCGCCAAGACGGGUCUGCUCUUCGUGCCGCCCAACAUCGACAGGCAGACGGCCGAGCUGCGUCUCAUGGACAACUUCAUCACCACGCUGAGGCAGCGAGACUUCGCUAACAUGUCCAGCCUGAUCCACCUGACGCUGAGCCGGAACACCAUCAGUCAGAUCCGGCCGUUCGCCUUCGCCGACCUCCAGGAUCUGCACGCGCUCCACCUGGACGCCAACCGUCUGACCACGCUGGACGACAGCCACUUUCAGGGCCUGGUCAACCUGCGUCACCUCAUCCUGGCCAACAACCAGCUGCACCGCAUUUCCCAGGGAGCCUUCCAGGACUUUCUGGAGACCCUGGAGGACCUGGACCUGAGCUACAACAACCUGGCGGAGGUCCCGUGGGAGACCGUCUCCCUGCUGGUGAGCGUCAACACGCUCAGCCUGGACCACAACUUGAUCGAGAGCGUUCCCGAGGGAAUCUUCUCCAAUCUGCACAAGCUAGCCAGGCUGGACAUGACGUCCAACAAACUGAAGAAGAUCCCGCCCGACCCGCUCUUCCUGCGCAUCCCGGUGUACGCCAAGAUGAAGGGCUCGCCGCUGAGCGCCUUGGUUCUGAGCUUCGGCGGCAAUCCGCUACACUGCAAUUGCGAGUUGGUGUGGUUACGCCGGCUGACGCGCGAGGACGACCUGGAGACGUGCGCCUCUCCGAGGGACCUUGCCGGGAAGUACUUCUGGACCAUCAGAGAGGAGGAGUUUGUGUGCGAGCCGCCGAUGAUCACCCGCCACACGUCCAAGAUGUUCGUGAUGGAGGGCCAGGAGGUGAGCCUGCGCUGCAAGUCCAUGGGCGACCCGGAACCCUCCACGCACUGGGUCGGCCCCGACGGGAAGCUGAUGGGCAACACUUCGCGCACCAUCUGCUACGAAAACGGCUCGCUGGACAUCCUGAAGGCUUCCGUCAAGGAUUCGGGCAAGUUCACGUGCAUCGCCUCCAACGCGGCCGGUGAGGCCACGGCGCCGGUGGAGCUGGUGGUCAAUCCCUCGCCGCGUUCGGAUCCCGGGCCGCCGGAGCGGGCCGACCCGGGGCCCUCGGACGUGCCCACCUCCAUCCAGUCCAACGCCGGCGGGGGUCAAGCGCGCGUGGGCCAGCGGCAGGUCAGCGUAUCCCAACUGACGGCCAGCGGCGCCCUGGUCACGUGGCCCGCUCAGAACCACGUCCCUGGCGUACGCGCCUACCAGAUCCAGUACAACAGCUCUGCCGACGAUGUCCUCAUAUACAGGAUGAUCCCGGCCGUUCGCAAGUACUUCCAGCUGGGCGACCUGGCGUCGUCGCGCGACUACGACUUGUGCGUCCUGGCCGUCUACGACGACGGUCUCACCGCCUUGACGGGAACCAAGAUGGUAGGAUGCGUGGCCUUCACCACAGAACCCGAGUACGGACGAUGUCACUCCAUCCGAGACCAGUUUUUGGGAGGCACCAUGAUCCUGAUCCUGGGCGGCAUCAUCGUGGCAUCCGUUUUGGUCUUCAUCUUCAUUCUGCUGAUGAAAUAUAAGCUGCACAAUAACCAGGACCACAAACACGACGCCGCCCGACACGCUCAUGUCUGCUCGCAGACCAACGGGGGCGGAGCCAACAACCCGCCGCCUUUGGGACAAGGCACUCACAAAGGACGCCGGCUGUCAUCGUCGACAGCGGACGGGCCGUCUCCCGCCGCCACCGACGUCCGCGGAACUCCUGUGGAUUUGGACGGCGCCCGCUACGGCGAUGCCGCCACCGCCGCCUCGCAAUAA